GUCAAAAACACAGCUUUUGUUCUUCACAAGUUGUCAUUGGCGUUAAAAUCAUAUUCAUCUGAUAUGAAAAAACAGCACAGGAAUAUUUAAAAAUUAUUGCUGAAGUAAAAUUCCACAAUAGUGAAUGUUUUGAGUUAAUUUAAACACGUUUUCUGGUAAAAGAGAGGAUAAAAAUGGAGGACAUUGGACGAAUGUUGUCUAAAUAUACGGACCCUGUGGCUACCAAGAAAGACGUCAGCGAUUGUUUGAAACAAUAUAAAGCUCUCGCUUAUCACCUCGAUGCUUAUGUAUUCAACGAUGGAUCCGUGAAGCAAUUGCUCAAUCUGCAGGGAACUAUUCCUGUGCGGUACAAAGGUAACACCUAUCACAUCCCCAUUUGCAUCUGGCUAUUGGACACCCACCCCCGGUAUGCUCCGAUUUGCUACGUUAAACCAACUUCGGAUAUGCAUAUUAAGGUUUCGAUGUAUGUUGAUCACAACGGGAAGAUUUAUUUGCCAUAUCUACACGACUGGAAUCCCUUGCAAUCGGAUUUGCUUGGACUCAUCCAGGUGAUGACUGUCACUUUCGGAGAGUUUCCACCAGUGUACUCGAUGCCGAAACAAGCGAAGACAAAACCAACACCCUAUCCUACUCAGUCAUUUAUGCCACAACCUCCAACGAGCACUCAAAGUCCUUACAGUCCGUAUCCGGCGCAGCAGCAGUAUCCACCAUACCCGGCAGCAGGCGGAGGUUACAGCGGUUACGGUCAACCGGGUGCCAUCGGAAACUUUCCUCCUUACAUUCCUCCAGGAAUGCCAGCUACUGCCGGUUAUAACGCUGGAUAUAACCCGUCAGCCCAAGGAACGGGAACCAUCACCGAGGAACACAUAAAGGCGUCGUUGGUCAGUGCAGUAGAGGAUAAACUGAAGCGACGUAUCCAGGAGAAGGUUCAUCAGUGCCAGGCAGAGAUUCAAACAUUGAAACGCACUCAACAGGAGCUGAACGAAGGACAAUCGAAAAUCAACGACAUUAUCUCACGCCUGGAACGCGAUGAACAAGAGCUGACCAAAAGCAUCGCGGUGUUAAAGGAUAAAGAUCAGGAAUUGGAAAGAGCACUUGAAAGCCUGGAGAAAGUAGACGGGAUCGAUGUGGACGAAGCGGUAACUACAACGGCUCCACUUUAUAAACAACUGCUAAAUGCGUACGCCGAGGAGGCUGCCAUCGAGGAUGCGGUUUAUUUUAUGGGCGAAGCGUUGCGCAGCGGAGUGAUUGAUCUGGAGGUGUUUCUCAAAAAUGUGCGACAACUUUCGCGGAAACAGUUUAUGCUGCGUGCACUGAUGCAGAAGUGCCGACAGAAGGCCAGCCUUUCUGCCCAUUAAUGUCCUUAUUGCCUUCACUAAUAAACUUGACGGCUUUUAUUUUAGCUAGGCGAUGCGAUGCGGAAGCAAUGGGGAGGCGAGAUUUUUCAGGACAGAAAAACUGUGUUAGUAUUCUUGUAAUCCAAUAAUCUCUCUCAUGGUAUCAGAAGCUGGCACGCUCUAGACGUAUCUAUCCCCCAUGAGAAUUAUUAUCACACAUGAUCAAUGUUAUUUUUAAUAUUACAAAGUAAAGUCUUGAAAAGUCCAAAAUAUGUAAAAUGAUUGGUUGAAUAUAUUAGAAUGGGACAACGA